UGCUAGUGCAGAUUUUGACUAGAGCUCGUGCACUGCAGCAGCAUCAACGCGUUUUACACCGUAAACCGGACUGUUUUCAAAGAAGAGCACUUUAAGUUAUACUUUCACCAUGGGGAAGGUUGAAGGAGGGAUGAAAUGUGUGAAAUAUCUCCUCUUCGUGUUCAAUUUUAUAUUUUGGUUGAUAGGCUCGCUGGUUCUGGCUGUGGGCCUCUGGCUAAGACUUGAUCCAAAUACUGUGUCUCUUCUAGGAGAAGACGGCCCUGAAACCUUCUUCAUCGGGGUCUAUAUCCUCAUCGUGGCCGGGGCUCUGGUGAUGCUGGUGGGCUUCUUCGGCUGCUGUGGUGCCGUGAGGGAGUCUCAGUGCCUUCUGGGAUUGUUUUUCGCCUGUCUUCUGGUCAUCUUUGGGGCAGAAGUGGCUGCAGGAGUGUUUGGGUUCCUCAACAAAGAUGAGAUCAUUAAGGAAAUAAAGCAGUUCUAUGAAGAAUCAGCAAGAAUCAACGGCAGUAAUGAAACCAUCCAGUCCUACCAUUUAAUUCUGAACUGCUGUGGCUCACCUUCAACACGAACCAGUUUGUGUCAAGACGUCGAAUCAAACCAGACAUGUGAUGUGGCCAUUGAAGAGUUUUUCAACAGUAAGCUCUUCGUCGUGGGUUAUGUGGGGAUUGGAAUCGCUGGAGUCAUGAUUAUUGGCAUGAUCUUCAGUAUGGUCCUAUGCUGUGCAAUUCGGAAUAGCAGGGAGGUGAUCUAACACAGUCUUCCUCACCUAGACAUGACCUUUCACCUUUGAUGCUUAACCUUUGCUGGACUUGCAUAUACAACAGUAACAUUCAAACCAAGCUCAAGGUGUUCUUCUCCCAUUCAGGAGCUGAAAACAAACUCCACUUUCAUAAUCAUGUACACCUCAACCAACCAAUGGUUAGUCCGGCCUCAUUGUUUAAACUGUCAAAUUGCUGGACUGUCUUUAUUUAAUGCCUGCUGGUUGGGUGCAGAACUGGAAGUUGUUAAAUUCAUUUUAAUAUCAUUUAGAUUUUGACUUCAGUUCUAGUGCAUACUGAUCUGCUCGUUCUGCGACAGUUUGCAGAUUUAGGUAUUGAUGUUAUUCCAGGCUGUUGCUGCGUGGCUUCGCAUGUCAGAUAAAAAUAUUGUGUAAUGUGAUGCCAGGGGUUCUGUGGCAAACCCACGGCUGCUGGGAACUGUGAGAAGAAGACCCACAGAUGCCUUUCGCUUUACGUUUGUACACAAACAAAGUAGUCUUCUACAUCACCGACAUAUUCCAAUCGCAAACAAAUGCUAUCCUGGAUCCGAAUGCAAAGGAUCAGAAACUCACAUGUUGGUGAUCUUCAGAAGAAUACUUGUAUCCAUAUCAUAAAUGGACAGUUCAACCAAAAAUGUAACUUUUAGAAUAAUUUACUCACCCUCAUGUUGUUCCAAACUUGUAUGUAUGGAAGCUUGUGAAUAAAACAAUUUAAAUUAUAAUUGCAACUUUUUAUAUCGCAAUUCUAACUUUUUAUUUUUUUCUCAGGAUUCUGAAAUUUAAACUCACUUUUCUGAUAGAUGAAGUCAGUAUUGUGUUACAUAAACUCGCAAUUCUGAGAAAUAUUUUUGUUUGUCUUCUCAGAACUGGACUUUAUAAUGCGCAAUUGCAAGUAUAUGUCUCACAGUUGUAAGAAAAAUCGCACAAUUUCGAGAACAAAAGUCAGAAUUGAAAGUUU